GUGAGUGACAGUUAACUAACUACGGUUUGUUGUGUUGUGUUGUCUUUACUUAAAAUCUCCAUAUCUUUCCUUAUUUUACCACUAUUCUCAAAUAAUUGUGUAUAAUUUUAGAUACUGCAAUUCAAUGUGUGUAAAUAUUGGUUCCAUGUUUAUUUAAGGACGUAAAAUGUCGUCCAGGCACGAAGUGAGCAGGCGGCGCGGGCGUUCCCGCAGCCGCACCCCGGAGGCCCGCGACCGCCGUGGCCGCAGCCCCGUCCCCCGCGGCCGCAGUCCCGACCGCCGACGCAGCCCCGACCGCCGCCGAAACUCACGGUCCCCCGCACACUCUAAACACACCUCGCGCAGCCGAGAUAGGAGGUCUAGAUCCUCUAGUGCAGGAAAGCACAGAUCAACAAACAGAGGACACAAGAAAUCAAAAAAGAGUAAAGAGUCUUCAAAAUCAAAGAAGAGUAAAAAGAAAAAGAGGCAUAGUUCAUCGAGCAGCAGCGGCAGCAGCAGCGGCGCGAGCAGCGCGUCCGGCGAGGAGGAGCUGCAGCUGCUGCAGCGGCUGGAGGCCGAGCGCGAGCGCCUGCGCCUCGAGCGCAAGAAGGAGAAGGAGGCCAUGAAGGCCAAUGAGACUCCAGAAGAAAAAAGAGCGCGUCGGCUCCGCGAGAAGCAAGCUAAAGAGCGCAAGCGUCGCGAGCGCAUGGGCUGGGACGGCGAGUACCAGUGCUACACGGACCAGGACAACCCGUUCGGCGACUCGGCGCUCACGCACACCUUCGUCUGGUCCAAGAAGCUCGCCAACGAGGGCGUGAAGACCGUGUCCCGCGAAGAGCUUGAUGCGCAGAACAGGCAGAAGCAGCUCGAGAACAAGAUUGAGCUGGAGAAGGUGAAGCAGCGGCGCCUAGAGCGCGAGGCGGAGCGCGCGGCGCGCGAGGCGGAGGCGGCGGCGGCGGCGCGCGCGCGCGAGGCGGCGCAGUUCAGCAGCUGGGAGCGCCACGAGGACGCCUUCCAUCUGCAGCAGGCGCGCCUGCGCUCGCAGAUACGCAUCCGGGAUGGACGAGCGAAGCCGAUCGACCUGCUGGCGUGGUACGUCUCGUCCGAACACUUGGCCGAGGCGCUGGAGAUGCACGAGCCCUACACGUACCUGCACGGGCUGCGCGCGCCCGACCUCUGCGACCUGCUCGAGGACAUCAAGGUGUACAAGGAGCUAGAGAACAACGCGAACCAGCAGUACUGGGAGGACGUGGAGACCAUCGUGCGCGACGAGGCGGGGCGGCUGCGGGACGCGGGGGGUGAGGGGGGCGGGGGCGAGGGCGGGGGAGUGGGGGGCGAGCGCACCGCCGUGCAUAGAGCCGUGGCCGCUGACGUCACGCAGAUCUUCAAAGGCAAGACGGGCGCGCAACUAGAAGCGCUGCAGACGCAGAUCGAGCAGAAGAUCAGCGGCCGCCGCGACGGCGUGGACGUGGGCUACUGGGAGAGCCUGCUCAGCCAACUCAAAGCGCACCGGGCGCGCGCGCGGCUCCGCGACCGGCACCAGGCCAACCUGCGCCGCAAGCUGCAGCUGCUCAAGCAGGAGCAGGGCGUGCAGGGGGGCGCGGGGGAGGCGGAGGGGGUAGUGCAGGGGGGCACGCGGGAGGAGGAGGCGGGCGCGGGGGAGGGCGGCAGCAAGCAGGAAGACAGACCGCAAUCCCCAGCAGAGCCCUCCACUCAAGAGCCUGUCUCCGACGAGGAGGACUCUGAAGCCGCCUGUACCGCCGCGUACUGCGCCGGCCGCUACUCGCCUGCGCCGCUGUCCCCGGCCAAACUCGAACCCGGGACCCUCGUGCUGGACGCCGCCGAGGAUAGUGAGCGGUUGAAUUACCUGCGCAUGCGCCUGCAUGCUGGCAACGCGCAGAGAGAGCACGCUGAAGUUGUGCCGUCCGACCCCGCCACCACCUCCGCCGACCCCCUGGCGCGCGAGGCGGGGCGCGGCAUGGCGCCGGGCGAGGCGCAGUUCAGCGUGGAGGUGCCGCUGGACCGCCCGCUGUGGCCCGACAAGUACCGCCCCAGGAAACCGCGAUACUUCAACCGAGUGCACACGGGCUUCGAGUGGAACAAGUACAACCAGACGCACUACGACAUGGACAACCCCCCGCCCAAGGUGGUGCAGGGCUACAAGUUCAACAUCUUCUACCCGGACCUCAUCCACGGCGGCGCCACGCCCGAGUUCUCGCUGAAGCCGUGCGCCGACAACCCCGAGUUCGCGGUGCUACGCUUCCACGCCGGGCCGCCGUACGAGGACAUCGCCUUCAAGAUCGUGAACCGCGAGUGGGAGUACAGCUACAAGCGCGCUUCCGCUGCCACUUCCACAACAACAUCUUCCAGCUCUGGUUCCACUUCAAGCGGUACAGAUACCGCCGGUAGAUGGACGGUGGAUAUCGAGAUAUCGAGGAUAGAAUGGAUGAAUUCAUCAGUGUUAGGAUUAUUUUGUUUAUUUAUUUUAAGUUUGUAUGGAAUAAGCAAGGACAUUUUUGUGAUGGAAAAUAUGUAAAUGUUGCACAAUGGUAAGAACAAUUUUGUUGUUAUUGUUUACUGUAUUGGGUAAAGCCUCUGAUAAUCUUCACUAGAACUUCAACAUGCAAUAGGACCUUUUCAAUAGAUGAAAAAAAUCCAAUGGAUUGUAGGUUUGCUAAUUUUGGAGGUCACUGCAUAAGUACAUUGAAAGCAUCAUGUAUUGUGUUGAUAAAGAAAACAAAAAAACUGUACAUAAAAUAAGAAUGAAUAAAUAUUUCUGACAUAAAAA